AUCAUACCAAUGUUGUUUUGGGGAAACUUGUUAUCUAACAUAUGCUAAUAAUUACUGCAUGUCAUAUAUAUUUUGCAUGUCGUUGAAAUGGGGAUUCCAACGGAAAGAGCUUUCAUUUUGAAGUUAGUGAAGACUGGAUUCCUCGUUAUUGUCUGGAUAUGCAUAGGACUAUGUCUGGAGAUCACGGGCCCGACGCUGAUCGAUCUCAAAGAGCGCCUUGGCGUCAACUACGAGAGCGUCGCAACAGCGGUGGAGGGUCGGAGCGCCGGCUUUUUCAUCGGCUCCGCCGCUGGCGGUCUUCUGGUGGACAAGCUGGGUCGUUACUCCAAUCUCAUACUAGCGAUCAGCCUGGACGGUAUGGCGGCCUUCACAGCCUCGCUCCCGUGGAUGACCAGCACCGAGCUUUUGUUCUUCAUAAGCCUGUUCUGCGGCACGUGCGAGGGCGUGAUUAACAUAGCCGGACAGAAGCUGAUCAUCAAUAUGUGGCAGGAAAACUCGGCGUCGCCUUUGCAUCUUCUCCACGGCGGCUUUGGAAUAGGCUCCUUUAUCAUUCCGCUAAUUUCCAAUCCAUUCCUCGCAGUCAAAGCUGACGAAGAUCAAAACACCACCACUGUGACGUCAACUAGCGCACCGAUGACCACGGCAAAGAGUUAUUUAAAAGAAUCCAGAAUUGAAUAUGCGUACGCCAUUGCCGCGGUAAUUGUGGUAGUGGUUUCCGUAGUUUUCUACAUAUACCAUUGUAACGGCGUCAGAAAGAACGCACAGGGUGUAGCAAAUGCAAGUAAGACAGAAAAUGAAGAUGGGAAACUCGACGAUGGAAAACCGAAGGCACUCUCGUUCCGCCAGAUGUUCAACCCUGCUACCUGCGCAAACGGCCGCGUCUUUUACGGCGUGCAGAUCUUCUUUCUGGUCUUCCUCUUCUUCUUCCAAGCGGUGGGCGGCGAGCGAAUCGCAGGGAAGUUUAUUCGCUCCUACGCCAUCGAGUACCUCGACUUUUCCCAAGACGACGCUAUCUAUCUUAACACGGUCUUCUGGAUAGCUUUUACGUGUGGCCGCAUAGGCGCAUUCGUCGCGGCGCACUGGGUGCCCAUUCGGAUCCUUAUCAUGAUCGAGACUGGUGGAUGCCUGGCCUCUGGCAUCGCACUCGUCUUCCUCGGUACUAGGAGUCACCUUGCGCUGUGGGUGAUCAUGCCGAUCUUUGGCGUGUUCAUCGCGCCCCUCUUCCCGUCCGGUAUAAGCUGGGCAAACUUCCACAUCGACGUCACCGGUAUCGCAAUCACCAUAUUCCUUCUCGGUGGCUCCGUCGGCGGAAUUGCCUACAUGAAGGUCAUGGGAUUCCUCUUCGAUAACUACGGGCCGAAGACGUUCCUUUAUACGCUACUGGCUUACGGGAUCGCCGUAUUCCUUCUUUCAACCAUCAUGAACUUAGUCGGCGCUCAACAUGGAAGUCGCUUCGAGGCAAAUAAGAAGAGAAAAGAAAUUGAUAUUUCGGAGCUCGGGAACCAGGUUGUUUACGCUGAGAAAUUCUAGAGAUCAAUUACACAAUACUUGAUCAUAUAUCAACUCAAACUAAUUAGCUUAGUUUUCACAAAAAUAGUUGUUGUUUACUAUCCCAGCUAGCACAAAAACGUUCUUAGAACGUUAUCCUAACGUUAGCCCAAACGUUCCAGAAACGUUUCACUGCAACGUUCUCCUAACGUUAAAAUGUAUGGUUCGCUUAACGUUCCAGAAACGUUGCGGAAUAACGUUAUCAUUUAACCUAAAACGAGCCUAAAUCUAAUUGUCGUAUUGAGGUUAAAAACCAACACAUUUUUAUUAUACACAAGUUUAUUGCAUGAGUGUAAUUAAUACAAAUAUAUAUCAUC